AUGGGUUCUUCGGCUUCAAGCCUUCGACUAUCGACUAUCCACAUUCCUGGUAAUAAAAAUCUUGCGGAUGUCUUGUCCCGCCUCACAACUCUACCUGAUGUACCGUUCGAUUCCAACGAGGAACUUGUAAUCAAAAGUAUCGCUUUGUGCUCUGCCACCACCGCAGCUUUAAAAUGGGAUGAUAUUGUACGGGAGUCUCAGAAAGAUGUAGAAAUUCAACAAGUUCUCAAAUGUCUGGAAAACGGAAAGUCUCAUGAUUUGCCGUUGCAAUUUCGCAUCGUGGCAAAUGAACUGUGUCGAUGUGAGGAUAUUUUAUUGCGAACAGACCGAAUUGUUAUCCCACAAUCUUUACGAGAAAAAGUGCUUCAGAUUGCACACGAAGGCCACAUUGGAAUUCGAAUGAUGAAAAUGCAUCUUCGCAGUUCGGUCUGGUGGCCGAAAAUGGAUGCGGCGGUGGAAUCUUUUGUUAAAAGGUGUCGUGGAUGUAUUUUGGUCGCUGCGCCGGAACCUCCAGAACCUAUGGUACGCAAAGAGAUGCCGAAUGGGGCCUGGCAAGAAAUUGCCAUUGAUUUCCUUGGGCCUUUACCAGACGGACAAACUUUGUUAGUUGUGGUAGAUUACUACAGUCGAUAUAUCGAAGUCUGCGAAAUGAAUUAUACUACGUCUAAAGAAACAAUCAACCAGUUGUCAACGAUAUUCAGUCGAUAUGGCGUUCCGUUAACAUUACGUGCUGAUAAUGGACCUCAAUUCAAUGCGAAUUGUGAAGAAUUUCAAGCAUUUUGUGAUGAUCUAGGAGUACAGCUGAUAAACACAAUUCCCUACUGGCCGCAACAAAAUGGGGAGGUUGAACGACAGAACCGUUCAAUUCUAAAAAGAUUGAAGAUAGCACAACAACUUGGACAGGAUUGGAGAAAAGUUUUAUCACAAUUUCUUCUAUCGUAUCAUGCCACAACUUAUCCUACAACUGGGCGUGCGCCGUCAGAACUUAUGUUCGGUCGGAGAAUCAGGACAAAGCUACCUGAAGUACCAACAAUCACUCGAAUCAAUGAAGAACACCGAGAUCACGACAAACUUCAAAAAGAAAAGGGAAAGGAGUAUACUGAUGCGAAGCGCAAAGCCCGGUUUAGUGAAAUCACAGUAGGAGAUCGCGUUAUUGUUAAACGGAUGCGGAAAGAGAACAAGUUGAGUACGAAUUAUGAACCUGAGGAAUUCGAGGUAACCAGGAAAGCUGGUGCUGAUGUAACAAUAAAAUCACUUACCAAUGGAAAAGAGUAUCGCAGAAAUGUUGCUCAUCUGAAGAAGUUACUAGACGAUAUCGACAAACCAGCGAACGCAGGAGAUUCUGAACCGGAGAAGACAACGGGAACAAUUCCAACAAACAGCUGUGAUAUUGAAUCAUCUACAAGAACUACUUUAACGAGGAUGCAGCCCCAGCCAGAGCAGGAUAGUAACAUUAUGGAAAAACGAAACCGUGUUGUACCAUCUAAGUUCAAGGAUUAUCUACCUCAUUGA